GGAGCAUGCAUUCCGCGGCUGUGAGUCGGCGCCGGUGUUCAGGCGGUGCCUGCCAGGGUCUGUGGCAGCAGUUAGCAGUGUAGAGAGCCCUGUCUAUCAGCAGCACCCACUGUAGAAAUGGCGGAGGGGGAGUUGGACGUCGACUCGCUGAUCGCCCGGCUAUUAGAGGUGCGGGGAUGUCGCCCUGGGAAGAUCGUGCAGAUGUCAGAGGCUGAGGUGAGGGGCCUCUGCAUCAAGUCCAGAGAGAUCUUCCUCAGCCAGCCCAUCCUCCUGGAACUGGAGGCUCCCCUCAAGAUCUGUGGUGACAUCCACGGCCAGUACACAGACCUGCUGCGGCUCUUCGAGUACGGGGGCUUCCCGCCCGAGGCCAACUACCUGUUCCUGGGAGACUACGUGGACCGAGGGAAGCAGUCCCUGGAGACCAUCUGUCUACUGCUGGCCUACAAGAUCAAAUACCCCGAGAACUUCUUCCUCCUCAGGGGCAACCACGAGUGUGCCUCCAUCAACCGCAUCUACGGCUUCUACGACGAGUGUAAGCGCAGAUUCAACAUAAAGCUGUGGAAGACAUUUACUGACUGCUUCAACUGCCUUCCCAUCGCUGCCAUCGUGGAUGAGAAGAUCUUCUGUUGCCAUGGAGGCCUCUCUCCAGACUUGCAGUCUAUGGAGCAGAUCCGUCGCAUCAUGAGACCCACAGACGUUCCUGACACGGGGUUGCUGUGUGACCUGCUGUGGUCGGACCCAGACAAAGACGUUCAGGGUUGGGGGGAGAACGACCGCGGGGUCUCGUUCACAUUUGGGGCUGAUGUGGUCAGCAAGUUCCUCAACCGUCACGAUCUGGACCUCAUCUGCAGAGCCCACCAGGUGGUGGAGGAUGGAUAUGAGUUCUUUGCCAAGCGGCAGCUGGUGACUCUGUUCUCAGCUCCUAACUACUGUGGAGAGUUUGACAACGCCGGCGGCAUGAUGAGCGUUGACGAGACCCUGAUGUGCUCCUUCCAGAUCCUGAAGCCGUCUGAGAAGAAGGCCAAGUAUCAGUACGGAGGGAUGACCUCCGGCCGACCAGUCACCCCGCCCCGCACAGCCGUCCCGCCAAAGAAACGGUGAACGUGGGCGCGAGGAAGGAGAUGAGCGGACGUCGUGGAUGAGCGACGGUCCCUCAUCCGCUUUCCACGAGAGAAACACUUGUCAGAGAAAGUAGAUAAAACCCAAAGCAAAGUUUGAUUUUAUGCCCCCCGAACACCCCCACCGGUUUUUUAUUUUAAUUCCCCUCUGAACGUCUGUCAUGCACCGCUCUCCUCUCGCCAAAGGCUUUUUUUUAGCAACUGUGUAACCAACCACACUUGUUUUUUUGAAGUAGUCAUUCUGUUUGCAGAAGUGUUUUUUUCUUCUUAAUUUUUUUCUUCUUGCGUUUUUGGGCUUAUGGCAGAAUGACCGGCUACUAGCUCCAGUUGAGCAUUUCAUUCCUAUCCAGUAAGAACAGGUGUUAAUGACGACUGCUGGGUUUUCAAUAAAACAUUUUAAAAAAUGAGGAAUAAACCUUA